AUGGCAGUCACGACGCUGUCGGCAAUUCGUAGCAGCCUCAAGGUGGCUUACCAUCGCCUGACGCGCAAGAGCUCCACAUCGCUGUCAAUACAAUCGCGACGUCUCUCUAUCCUCCAAAGCAAGACUGAACUCGAAGUUGAAGUCCAGCCUAAUGUUGUGAUCAAGGCCAAGCACAAAUUCAAACAUGAGAUUGAGAUCGUUGCUCUAGAUCCAGUCAAGAUCGCAGCCUCACUCGAAGCUCCAGCCACAUUCUCAGUUGAAACUCCGGCUACUCUCUCACUUGAAGCUCUAAUCCCAAUCUCACUCGAAGCUCCAGCUACAAUCCCACUCGAUGUUCCAAUCACUGCUGUCACGGUUACUGGCAAGGCGAACUUCAACCGGAGAUCACUCAAGAUCAUAGAUCUGCCAAAUGAUGUCCUCCUCAUGAUCUUCGAUCUGCUCGUCAAACACUCGUAUUGCAAGACCUCCGCAACGUGCUUCGGACUUUCUCACCCCACCUUUUACCCAAUCCUGAAGUCUUACGUCCCAUCACCAAUUGGCCUCAAAGACAACUACGAGAUUAUUCGAGGUUUACCUGGCAGUGAGACCAUCUUUUCCUUGAGUUCCGCUAUUGUCAACUUUAUGGGUCUCGAAUAUCGAGUUGGAAACUACACUAGAAAGUUCCUCGCUCGCAGUGUCUAUGGUGAUGUCAUUGGUCAACUCGAGAUCGAACUGGAUCGACGAUAUCACGCCUAUACUGAUACGGUUGAGAUCGUGAGCAAGGAAACCGUCAAGGGCUUGACGCACUAUGCCCUGCGAAGACUUGUGCUGCCAAACCCGUACGGUAUGGGUAGCGAGUGGUACCCAGAGGCAAUAAAGGUCAAGACAAUUGCUGAUCAAGGUGGAAUUCGGCUGGGAAGCUUCGUAGAACUCAUUGUCAAUAAGCGUGGUGUCUCGUGGACUUUCGUCUGA